AUGCGUGAGCUGGGCCUCAGCGUCACGGUGGAUCGCAUCGGCAACAUCUUCGGCGUGCGACCCGGCAAGAGAGAGGGCCCGCCCGUCAUGAGCGGCUCUCAUAUUGACACGGUGGGCACCGGUGGCCUCUACGACGGGAACCUGGGUGUGCUGGCCGCCUUGGAAGUCGCGGCUGUCCUCAACGACGCCAACUUACAGACCGAACAUCCGUUCUGCGAGGGCGUACGCUUUCAGCCCGACAUGAUGGGCAGCACGUGCUUCCAGGGCGGCCUCCCCCUUGAAACAGCCCUGGCCAUUGAAGGCAUCGACGGUAAGACCGUAGGCGACGAACUCACCCGCAUCGGCUACGCAGGUGAUCAGGAAGUCGGCUUUCCGGUCAAAGCCUUUAUGGAACUACACAUUGAACAAGGUCCGGUUCUGGAAGAAGAAGGCAUCCGCAUCGGCUGUGUCACCGGCGUGCAAGGCAUCAGUUGGCAAGAGCUCACCAUCACCGGCGUCUCGAACCACGCGGGCACCACCCCCAUGCGCCUGCGCAAGGACGCGGGCUACGCCGCCAUGGCCAUCGCCACCGGCGUGCGCCAAAUUGCCAAAGACAUGGGUGGCAAUCAGGUCAGCACCGUGGGCUCCCUGACUCUACACCCCAAUCUGAUCAGCGUGGUGGCCAACAAAGCCGUCAUGACCAUCGAUCUGCGCAACACCGACGAGGCCUUGCUACAAGAAGCAGAACAACGCACCCAGGACCUCAUCCAGCGCGUCACCGAAGCGGAAGGCGUCAGCUACUCCACCCGAUCCCUGGCACGCUUCAAGCCUGCAAACUUCGAGCCAGCCAUGAUCGACAUGGUGGAGGCCGUCGCCACGGAAAUGGGCUUCAGCAACCGGCGCAUGCCCUCUGGGGCCGGACACGACGCCGGACUCAUCUGCCUGAAUGCGCCAACCAGCAUGGUUUUUACCCCAUCGGUGCGCGGCAUCAGCCACAACAUUGAAGAAUACACCCAUCCCGAAGACAUAGAAGCCGGCGCCAACGUGUUGCUGCAAUGUCUGCUCAGGUUGUUGACUAGCCCGUGA